AUGCAGUGCCGACGACGACGGGCACGACAGCGAGCGCUGGCGGUGAGCACGUGCGCGAGCCACGCGGCGGGCAACGAGCAAUUUUGUUUUGAUUCCGGCUUGCUGCCUGCAACGUCGACGGGUGGAUCGCCGCUCGUCCGGGUCGAUGUUUUCCUUUCGGGCGCACUGGGGCGACCACAUCAUGCGGAAUACAGAGCGAACGAGCGGUGGAUGCUCUCUCUCUCCUGCGGACAAGCGAUGGAUGCUCCCCUCGACGUCUUCCUCUUUCCCGGUCAGGGAACAGCGGCGUUGGACUCGCACUUUGUUCGCCGGCGUGCCCUCGCCGACGCUGCCUCGCACUCUGGCGCGCUGCUGCUGUCAGCUUGCCACGCGGCCUUUUGCGCAGAGCUCUCCUCCCUCUCUCCCCUCGAGGCAGAUGCCAUCGACGUCCACAUUUCCGACUUUGCCACUCCCCCUGAUCUGCUAUUGCUUCCGUCAAAAGACCAAUACCUGCACAACCCCGUAACAUGUGGUCCAGUUCUUUUUUUAGUCCAGGUGCUGCGUUGCCUCGCUCAUUUAGAAUCGCAGCCACCCGCGAGCGCUCCCGCCGCUUCAUGCUUGGUGGCCAGGCACUCCCACGCACUAGGCUUCUCUUCCGGCAUACUGCCUGCGUGCGUGCUGUCUGCGUCGACGACCACGUUGGAGUACUUGGCGCAUUCCGCUCAAGUCUUCCGUCUCUCCUUUUGGAUUGGCGUCCGUGCACAGCUUCAUCGCGUCUCCGUCUUAGCCGCUGGCAAUCCUCCACUCUCCGACUCUAAAUCAUGGACCCUCAUGGUCUUUCGUAUGGAUGCCGGCGCUGCCGCCCAGGCGAUUAUUAAGUACCAGCAUACAUCACCGCUGCAGCCGUCGUUAUGCGUGACAGGAGUGCUAGACGCCGAGCGCGUCGCUAUAUCUGGACGGCCGGACUCUCUCGAGGCGUUUGCCACGACUCUGCCCCCCAAUGCCGUCGUCCACAAAACCACCAUCGAGGCGCUCUAUCACUCUUCUGAGCACAUCGGCGGAGCUCGCGAGCAUGUCCUCGCAGACAUCAUACACCGCCAAAUCCGCUUUCCGUCAUACUCUGAUCUGCAUGUUCCCAUUCGGUCCACUUACACAGGCAAGCUUCUCCGAAGCGAACACGGUUCUCCUCUUGUGGAGGCCGUCGUCGACAUGAUUCUUGCCCAGCCCGUCCAUUGGGACAGGCUGAUUCGCUCCUUCGUCCAAGAUCUUCCUGUCGGCUGCUCGCUCCGCCUUGUGAAUGUCGGUCCUGGGACUGGCCUCGCUCGGGGCACGGAGAAAAUUUUGUCUGCGCACACCGUCUCUUCUGUCGAUCUGACGUCUGCAGAUCCUGUUACGGCACCCACCUAUGAGCCCAUCGCGAUUAUAGGCAUGGCGGUCAACUUGCCUGGAGCUCCCAAUGCAGACGAGCUUUGGAACGUUCUGGAACGGGGACUCAAUACCAUCGCCGAGAACCGACAGAUUCCCACGGCUCGUUUCAAGGUUUCGGAUUACGUCAGCUCGAGGGACUCGAAGAGCAAUCGAGCCAUGGACGCGCACACCGGGAACUUCAUUCAAGACUUAGAAGCGUUCGAUAACGGGUUCUUCAAGAUAUCCCCGCGCGAAGCACGGAGCAUGGAUCCUCAGCAACGGAUCAUGCUUCACUCUGCUUACGAAGCCUUGGAAGACUCCGGCUACGUCCCCAACCUGUCCCCGUCUUUCGACCCGGAGACGUUCGGGUGCUACGUUGGAGCCGCUACGCAUGACUAUGUGCAAAAUCUGCGUCACGACGUCGAUGUGUAUUACAGCACGGGGACCCUGCACGCGUUCCUGAGUGGUCGCAUUUCGUAUGCCAUGCAACUGAGCGGUCCCGCGAUUACCGUCGACACCGCGUGCUCGUCGUCCUUGGUUGCAAUUUAUCAGGCCUGUCGCGCCCUCACCAACAGAGACUGUAACGCCGCUCUGGCAGGCGGCGUUAACGCAAUGACGAGCCCCGACAUGUUCCUCGGGCUCGAUCGCGGCCACUUCCUCAGCCCCACGGGCCAGUGCAAGCCGUUCGAUGCCUCAGCCGACGGGUACGCGCGCGGCGAGGGCUGCGGCAUGUUCGUUCUUAAGCGGCUGUCCGAUGCGGUCGCGGAGCACGAUCGCAUUCUCGGCGUGAUCCGCGGUGUCGAGAUCAACCAGAGCGGUCGGGCGCAGUCUCCCACGCACCCGCACGCGCCGACGCAGAUCGCCCUGUUUCGGCGGCUUCUACGGCGCGCGGGGCUCGGCGCGCACCGCGUCAACGUCGUCGAGGCACACGGCACGGGGACGCCCGCGGGCGACCCGCGUGAGAUGGAGAGCCUCCGCGCGGUGUUCGCGGUUGGGCGCGCGGCGCGCGACCCGCUGCACGUCACGGCGCUCAAGGCGAACAUUGGGCACCUCGAGGCGGCGUCGGGCGCGGCGGGCCUCGCGAAGCUUUUGCUGAUGCUGCGGUACCGUACGAUUCCGCGCCAGAUAGCGCUCGGGGCGCUGAACCCGCGGAUCGCGCCGCUCGAGUCGGAUAAUACUGUGAUCGAUGUCGAGGCGGUUGCUUGGAACGCUGGUGGCGGUGGCGGUGGCGGCGGCGAGGUACUGUCACGAGUGGCGCUGCUUAAUAACUUCGGGGCGGCGGGAUCGAACGGUGCGUUGCUGCUGGAGGAAUAUAUUCCGCCUGUGGCGUGCCCGCCUCCCGUCGAGUCGCCGCCGACGGCGUAUGUCUUAGGGUUGUCGGCAAAGACGGCGUGGGCUCUCGACGAGCUGCGGACGCGGUACGUGCAAUGGCUCUCCAGCCGCCAGGGCGCAGGCGUUCGCUUGCAGGACAUCGCGUAUACGGCUACUGUUCGGCGCCAAAUCUACGAGUACCGCCUCGCCGUGUCUGCGGGGAGCGUAGACGAACUCGCAGACAAGCUCCACACGGCCUCUGGGACUCACGUCGAUGGUCGCUCGUCGACGGUCGCCUUUGUAUUUUCUGGCCAGGGAGGUCAGUACCUCGGCAUGGGGCGGGCUUUCUAUCAGACUUUCCCCGUGUUUAAGCGUGCCGUCAACGAGUGCGAGGCCUUUCUGGUUUCAGCGGGUUUUCCAGGAGUUCUUCCAAUCAUCCUGUCGUCCGGAAAAACGAGUGGGCUGACGGAACUGGAAGAGCUGCAGGCAUAUCAGGCCGCCACGUUCGCUUUGGGAUAUGCGCUUGCCAUGUUGUGGAUCUCGUGGGGCGUGACCCCUAGUGUGGUCGUCGGGCACAGUCUGGGAGAAUACGCUGCCCAGGUCGUCGCGGGAGUCAUCACCGUGCAGGGCGCACUGACACUUGUCGCUCACCGCGCCCGGCUGAUGGUGCAGAGGUGCCGCAUGCGUGCUACGGGAAUGCUGGCCGUUAAUUUGAGACCGGAGAUCGUGCGAGGCAUCUUGUCGGGCUCGGGCGAGCUUGUGUCCGCCUCGGUCGCCUGCUGCAACAGCCCGAAUGAUUGUGUCGUGUCGGGCACGGUCCGUCAACUGGACACGCUCGCUCGCUAUUUGGAUUUCGGCGCUCGCGCCCGCAGCGUCCGCCUGCAGGUGCCAUUUGGAUAUCACAGCCCAGCCAUGAACCCUAUCCUCGAAGAGCUGACCGCCGUCGCCCGAAACGUCGCCAUACAUUCACCUACUAUUUCCAUCAUCUCUAACGUUCUGGGGAUCGUCGUGCCUCCCGGGGAUACGACGGCGUUUAGCGCCGAGUAUUACGCUCGUCACUGUGUGGAGCCUGUCCUGUUCGAGCAAGGGAUCGGCUCGCUCGUGGGCACGGCUGCGUUUCGAUCCGUCGAUGUCUGGAUGGAGAUGGGCCCGCAUACGACAGCGCUACCGAUGCUGAGGGCGCAUCCGGCCCUCCUGGCGGACGCGAAACUGCUCGGUUCGAUGCGGAAGGGCGGCGACGCGUGGGCGACGCUCGCGGAUUCACUGGCCCGGCUUUACGUGUCUGCGCUGCCGCUUCGGUGGAACGAGGUGUUUGCCCAUUGGACGCCACCGCGUGUCGUGUCUCUCCCGUCGUACCCGUUCGCGAAGACGAAAUUCUGGGUCGAGUUCGUGGAGGAUGCAAGCGCCGCCCCGAAAGCGGCGAUGGAGGUGCUUGAUGUUACUGGCGUGUUCCCCGUGUCGCACAUGUGGAUUCAGCGGCCUUGCGAGCGCAACGGCCACGGCGCGGUGUUCGAGACCCCCAUUGCUGAGCUCGCGUGCUUCGUUUGCGGCCAUCGCGUCGGCGGGCACGCGCUCUGUCCCGCAUCCGUGUACAUCGAGCUGGCGCUGGCCGCCGUGGCGAGGGCCCGGUCCGGCGCGGGUGAGUCGGCGGACGGGAGUAGCCAUGCCAUCCUCAGCGACAUCGAGUACGUCAGGCCCUUGGUCUAUGUGGACGGCGUCCUUCGCGUCAUCAGGACCUCCGUCGCGGCCGGCGGGGAAGGCGCGGGGACGUUCAGCAUCGCGUCGUUCGUCGCGCCGGGCGAGGCGGUCGUGCACUGUCGCGGGCGCUUCGCGCGCCUCGCGGAGGAUGACGUCGCGGCCGAGUUGGAGACCGCACGCGCGGCGGUGGCUGGGCGCGCGGCGGCGUGCCGGGGCGCCGCGGAGGAGCGCUUUGGGAAGCGGACGGUGUACGAGGUGGUGUUUGCGCGCGUCGUCGAGUACGCGGAGGCGUAUCGCGCCGUGGAGAGCCUGGCGCUCGGCGCGCGCGACACGGGCGUGAACGUGGACGUGGAGGGGUACGCGGUUGUGCGGGUGCCGCCGGGCGGCGACGCGGGCGGUGCAGGCGCGUUCGUGAUUCAUCCGGUGCUGAUGGACGCGGUGCUGCAUGUUGCGGGGUUUGUUGUGAAUAUGAGAGGGCGAGGGGAGGAGGUAUAUUUGUGUGGGCGGGUGGGGCGCGUCGUAGGCUUGCCGGGCCUCGUGGACACGUCGAAGGAGUAUGGGGUGUUUGUGAGCGCGCGCUGCGUUCCGGGCGCGGGCGCGGGCGGGGUGCUCGCGGAUGCGUGGUUGAUCGACGCUGGGGGGCGGAUUGUCGUGCAGGUGGAGGACGUGCUGUUCGUGAAGGCGCGGUUGGACCGGGUCGGACGCAGCUUAGCGGCAGCGGCGGUGCCCUCGCCUCCGUCUGCGGCGGGCGGUCCGACUCCGUUCGCGACGGAUGUCUCGUACGAACCUGACGCACCACUUACAUCCACGACGAAUUACUCGUAUGAUCAUGAUGCGCCACCUCCCCCUGUCGGCGUUACAGCGGAGGUCGCGCGCAUCGUCGCGAACGCCUGUGGGCUUGGCCUGGGGCAGGGGCCGGAUGCUAUGGACGCGGAUCGAGACCUGGCAGAGUACGGCGUUGACUCGCUGAUGCUCAUCGAGAUUGCGGGUGAUCUGCGGAGUGCGUUUCCCGCCGCAAACCUCGACUCGUCCGCUCUGGCUUUGUGCCGCACUGUGUUGGAUAUCGUUGAACAGGUCGAGGCUAGGAUUCGAUCGAACCUCGUACCGCGCUCGGACGCCAUAGCUCCCUCGGUCAACACGCCUCCCCCAACCAUCUCAUCCCCCUCGAAUAUUAUACGCCCACUCAACAUCACGCCCUCGACAAUUCCAAGCCAUUCGACUUGCGACAAGAUAUCAAUUAAUCACGGUGGAGAUUUGGAUGUCCGGCGGAUACUUGCCUCCGUGUUAGGCGUCACGAUUCAAGAGCUUGUCGAUGGCGGGGACCUUCAGGCCCUUGGACUGGACUCGUUGGCAUCCAUUGAAGCUCUUCACGCCUUUCAGACUCAGUUCGAGCUCACGCUUCCCCAUGAUUUCUUCGUUACGCACACAACUAUCAAUACCAUCCAAUCAUACCUUGCGAAGUUGUGCGCUAGAGAUAAACCAGCCAUGUCAGCAGACGGGAACCUCGAACUCUCGUUACACCCACUCCUUUCCGGAACUAUACCAAUUCAUGUUCAGCGGGCGCCUACGGCGGGCUGCGCGCCACUUUUCCUGAUCCAUGAUGGCAGUGGUCUCGUCUAUUACAUAAGAAGCCUGUCUCCCCUUGGCCGUGACGUAUGGGGAAUCCACAAUCCUCACUUUAUCACCGGACAGCGGUUGGAUUCUGUCGAGGCCAUGGCCGCGGAAUAUGCACAAUAUGCCGAGGAAACAACGACAGACCCUCUGAUUCUUGGAGGGUGGUCAUUCGGCGGGGUCGUCGCCUUCGAACUCGCACGCCAAUUACUGACAAAGGGCGUUCCGGUGAAGGGCGUUGUACUUAUCGAUGCGCCAUGUCCUUUGGAUCACGUCCCCCUUCCUGAUACGCUCCUCGAAUCUAUCGCAGGCUUGAAUGGAAGAGACUCAACCGCACACGUCAGUCGUCUGGUGAAGGCCCAGUUCCAGAUGAACUCCCGUCUGUUGGGACGAUAUCGUCCGGCCGCUUCCCGCGGGGUGUGCCCUAGACUCGUGCUUCUUCGCUCUCGAGAGGCAUACAAGCCUGCCGGUGUCCUCGACGUACCCAAGUGGCUCUGCGACAGGAGUGAUCCGCAAGACGCCGUCGCCGGAUGGCAGAGCCUGGUGGAUGGUCCCGUCAAGGUCCUGGAUAUACCGGGCCAUCAUUUUCAACCGUUCCAUUCUACGAAUAUUGAAGAGGUCUCUCGUCGCAUUUCUGAAGCGUGUUUAUAUUUAGAGGAUAAAUCAGCGAUGAUUGACGUAAGUGAGCGCAUCGGUCCGGACACUUGA